UAAUCAGUUCCCUCAAAAUACCAAUUCUGGUAACAAAUUUAUUCCUCAAACAAAUCAACAUAGCCCUUUGAAAAAUUUAAAGUUCCCAACCAAAAAAAAAGCCUACUUAUUCCUUAAUAAAUACUCCUAUUUCUCUUUAGUUUUUCUACACAUUCUAUUUUUGAUUUACCUUUUAAUUUUAUUACUACAAUUUCCAUUUUUGCUUAUCACUUAAAAUUUGCUAUUUUUCAACUUUAUAGGUAAAUCCCACAUUCUCUCCUAAUAUAUCAUCAACAAUUUAUUUUUAUUUUUUCAUCUCAUCUAUAUAUUUCUUCUAUCUCCUAUUUUUUUAAUCUAUUUAGUUCACUAAAAUCGAUAACAACUUUUUUAAUUUAUAGCGAAAUCAAAGAAAUAGAGAAAGUAAUGACGUAAUUUCCCACAAAUAUUCUUUCUGAAGAUUUGAUCUCAUCCUAAAGAAAUCUAAUGAAAGGAGAGACAAGGAGUUGUAAUCAAACUAAAAGAAGGGUCCAUCCACUAUAUGGAAGAAACUGAAACCACAAAUGUCAAAAUUAGUGGGCCUAAGAAAGAUUGGAGUACUACGUAAUAGAUACCAUUAAAUUCAUUACUUCAUUAUCAAAAAACGAGUAAGAUAAUUGAGAUUCGAGUCUUAUCUUAUUUGGAGCAUGCACCAUUUAUUUCGGAAAAUCUUGGGCUUUCUAGCUAGUCUCAUCACUUCCAUUAGCCUACCCUGUAACCUUAAAAAAAAAAUCUUCAACUUCAUUUGAAAUUGAUAGGGGGACCAAUAAUGUAACAAGAUCAAGAAAAAAAAACAUGUUUUAUCAGAAGAAUUAAUAAAUUUAUUAUUGGUCUUGUACACAACAAGACCCGUACAAAAGGGGAAUUGACUGGACAAAGCCCGAUGAGGUUUUGUAUAUAACCAAUUGAUAAUAGAAAGAGUAGUAGUGCAUCAAACUUAUAUGUUGGUCGUCAUCAUUAUCAUUAUACGCAGUAUAUCCCGCUCAUAAGAAAACCAUGAUCAGAGUUUGGGGAAGAAAGAAAGACGGCAAUUCAUAUCCACUGUGAAAUGAAUUCUCCGAUGUCAGAUCACAAUGUGAGUUAUUUUUUCAACGAUAACAAUGAAAUGAAAGCAAUGGCUUUAUUAUAUGGACUAUGGAGCAAGACUAUUGUUUCAUAGAUGUCAAGAAGAAACCAUGGGAACAGAAACUUCCUCUUCACAGCAUACCACAUGUUGGGGAAGUAAAGGUUAAAGAGGUAUUCAGGGUAUAAAUGGUAGAUUUUACAGGAGGUACUAUCAAACAUAACUCCUUUCAGUGCUACACAUACUUUUUCAAUCUCUACUCAGUUUUAUUAGUCUGCAUUUAACAACAAAAUUUCAUAUCCCUAACGCCAUUAAAAAGCUCCCACAUAAGUGGGAUUGGGGUUUGGGUUUGGGUGUCAGAUGUAGAGACAACUUUGUUAAUGGUAACAAAGAGCUUGUUUCGAUUAACCCUUAUGAAGUAAAUUCAAUAUAUUCUUAUGGAAGGUGAAAUUAUGCAAAAAUGAAGUCUUUUUGACAUAUCCAUCAUUUAGACUGACAAUCAGUUGGUAAACAAAGGUAAAUUAAAAGUAUACUUCUACUUUUCUUAUGAUUAUAGACAAUCAAAGUAAAGUGCAAACUUGAAGCUCUAGAGUCUAGGCUGUUAGAAUUAAAUGAAACACACUUUUAUGUAUUGUGGUUGCUCUUAGACUCUCUACCCAUUUACUUCGAUCCCCUAUGGUGUACUCAUACGAAGUAAAUAUGCAAGAUGAGACUCGACUCUAUUGAACCCGUCUAUAACAACAAUAUUCUAUAACCCCAAUGUCAUUAAGUGGCUCUCAACUAGAAUAGAUUUGGAAGUCAAAUGUACGCAAAAUUAUUAUCAAGAAACCAACUCAAUCAAAAGUUUAAACCGAUGGUUAAGGCCUCAUAAUAUAUUAUAUACUCUAAUACGCCACCUCACACGAGAGCCCUUUGGGUUAGAAGCAUGGAUGCAACACAUACCCGCUUCAUACCUAACGCUAAAUAUUCCACUUAAACAAGGGGUGGUUGAGAUUUGAACCCGUAACCUUUUGUCACGUUAGCUCCGAAACCAUGUUAAGGAACAAACUCAAACAAAAAAUUUAAGAACCCCGGAAUAUGUUACAGAAUCUAACACUUGCCGUUGUAUAUGAACGAUAAAUGAUGCAGCAAGUUGCAUACAUUCACUGGAGCAAAAUGAAAGCUCUGUCUAAUAGUGUUAAUUAAGGAAUACAUGAAAUUCAUUAAGUUUGCUUAAUGAAAAUAUCUUCUAAAAUAACUAUUUGAAGAAACGAUAUUUGUUAUUAUCAGUUUUAAAAGGGAACAGAUUAGAACCCCAGAAGUCAGAUUCAGUAUUCGUGAUGGAUAGUUAACCUUUAGAUUUGUCCAAUUUGAAAAAAGGACCACCAGGAAAGACAAAUAUGUCACUUAAAUUUGUCACUGUUAGGCGUUUUAACAAUGGAAGAUUUACCAAUACAACAUACAAAGUUCCAACCAUUGUAUGGAAUUAUUGGUGAAAAGUUCACUAAUCAAAUGAUUUGAUGAACUACAAACAUAAUAAUGGCGCCUCGAACACCAAGACUAGUCGUACCUGUGGAUUUGAAGAAGCAGCCAUGGGAGCAAGAGUUACCUCUUCAUAAUCGCUGGCACCCUCAUAUACCUCCGGUCGCAGAGGUAAAAGCAGGGGAGUUCUUUAGAGUUGAGAUGGCGGAUUGGACUGGAGGUGUUAUCUGUGAUAAUGAUUCUGCUUCUGAUGUAAAAUCUAUUGACCUCUCAACUGUUCAUUACUUAAGUGGGCCAAUAAAGGUUACAGACGAAGAUGGGUUUCCAGCCCAACCAGGUGAUCUUCUUGAAGUUGAAAUUUGCAACUUGGGGCCUUUACAUGGGGAUGAAUGGGGCUACACAGCAACAUUUGACAGAGAAAAUGGGGGAGGAUUUUUGACUGAUCAUUUCCCUUGUGCAACUAAGGCUAUUUGGUAUUUUGAAGGGAUUUAUGCAUACUCACCGCACAUACCAGGAGUACGUUUCCCAGGAUUAACACACCCGGGAAUAAUUGGGACAGCACCAUCAAAUGAACUUCUGGAUGUAUGGAACAAAAGAGAAAGAGAAGUUGAAGAAAAUGGUCUAAAGUCUCUAACACUGUGCGAAGUUCUGCAUUCUAGACCACUAGCAAAUUUGCCAUCAACAAAAGGCUGCCUGUUAGGGAAGAUAAAGAGGGGGACAGUGGAAUGGGAAAGAAUUGCUGAAGAGGCAGCAAGAACAAUUCCAGGGAGGGAGAAUGGUGGAAAUUGUGACAUCAAGAAUCUUAGCAAAGGUUCAAAGAUUUACCUUCCAGUGUUUGUGGAAGGAGCUAAUCUUAGCACAGGUGAUAUGCACUUUUCUCAGGGGGAUGGUGAAGUCUCAUUCUGCGGUGCAAUCGAGAUGAGUGGCUUUCUUGAGCUCAAGUCUGACAUUAUAAGAGGUGGAAUGAAGGAAUACCUCACACCAAUGGGACCAACACCUCUGCAUGUAAACCCCAUCUUCGAGAUAGGACCUAUCGAGCCAAGAUUCUCGGAGUGGUUAGUAUUUGAGGGCAUUAGUGUUGACGAGAGUGGACGGCAGCACUAUCUUGAUGCAACUGUCGCUUACAAGCGUGCAGUACUCAAUGCAAUUGAUUACCUAUCCAAAUUUGGUUAUUCCAAAGAGCAGAUUUAUCUCCUAAUAUCUUGCUGUCCUUGUGAGGGAAGAAUCUCUGGCAUAGUUGACUCGCCUAAUGCUGUCGCAACUCUUGCAAUACCCACUGCCAUUUUCGAUCAGGACAUUCGCCCAAAAAGCAGCAAAGUUCCUGUUGGACCGAGAUUGGUGAGAAAACCAGAUGUGUUGAAGUGCACCUAUGAUGGUAAUUUGCCUAUCACUAGGAACCCAUCUGCUUCUGCUUGACUGAUGCUGUAACACAAGCGCAGCAGUCCGAUGUAUAAUUCACACGGAUAAUUAUGUUUACAAUAAAUAAUGCAAAAGUCUUAAAUUUCAAACU